CCCAAACACUGGCACACGCCUGCUUUCUUCACUUUAACUACCUAACCUGACAUUCACCAUCAGUUCCUGCUGCAUAUUCACUUCACCAUCCCACUCUGACUCUGAUCUGCUUCACCUGACCGCACUUUUUUCCUAUAAAUAUUUCUCUCCUGCCCAACUUUCUCUCCAAAACUUCUCCCGAUCUCAGCUUGCAUCUCUCAUUGUCUGUUUCGAAACUCUGCUUAAACGCUGUGAAAGAGAUUCAACAACUCUAUCUAAACCCUCACCUAUUUCAACUUUGUCACCAUGGGUCUCUCUGCUGUUCACUUCGGUGGAGGCAAUAUUGGCCGUGGUUUCAUUGCUGAGCUCCUCCACGAAUCUGGCUUUGCCAUCACCUUCGUUGAUGUGGUCGAUGAUCUCAUCAAUCGAAUCAAUGCCUCCAAGUCCUACAAGAUCACUGAAGUUGGUGAGGAGGGAGAAAAGACUAAGAUCAUCACAAAUUACCGCGCUAUCAACUCCAAGUACAACUUGGAUGAGGUUGUCAAGACUAUCUCUGAGGCAGACAUUGUCACCUGCGCUGUGGGCCCAAAUGUGCUCAAGUUCAUCGCCAAACCCAUUGCUGAUGGCAUCUCUGCACGCACUGUCACCAAGCCACUUGCUGUGAUUGCCUGUGAGAACAUGAUCAAUGCCACCGACGCUCUGAAGGCACUCAUCACCGAUCCCAAGAACAUGAAGCCAGAGGUCCUUAAAGACCUUGCUUCCAAGGCCGAGUUUGGUAAUUCUGCUAUUGAUAGAAUUGUCCCAACUCAACCUACCGAUGCCAACCUCGACGUUGUCAUUGAGUCUUUCUAUGAGUGGUGCGUUGAAACUAAUGGUUUCAAGUCUGGUCACCCCGAAGUCAAGGGCAUUCACUGGGUUAGCGACCUGGAGCCAUACAUCGAGCGCAAGCUCUUCACCGUCAACACUAGUCACGCCACCGCCGCCUACUUUGCCUACCAGAAAGGCAUCAAAACUAUCCAUGAGGCUCUCGCUGACAAGGAGAUCCGCGACGAGGUUCAUGCUGCUCUCGAAGAGACUGCCCACUUGAUCACUGGCAAGCAUGGAAUCACCGACGAAGAACAACAACAAUAUGUUGAAACCAUCAUCUCUCGCAUCUCCAACCCACAUCUUGAAGAUGUCCCUGUCCGUGUCGGCCGUGCUCCUCUCCGAAAGUUGGGUCGCAAGGAGCGAUUCAUCGGACCUGCAGCCCAGCUCGCCGAGCGGGGUUACGAUGUCACUGCCCUGGUCCGUGGUGUGGAGUAUGCUCUGCGCUUCCAGAAUGUCGAAGGUGAUGAUGAGAGCAAGGAGCUGGCCGAGAUCUUGAGCUCUUUGUCUGCCGAGGAUGCCACGACCAAGCUCACUGGCCUUACCCCAGAUCAUCCCCUGUUCGAAAAGGUCUUGGAGAAGGUCAAGCUUGUCCAGAGCGAAAAGAAGUGAGGCCAAGGCAUGGCACUUGAUCCGGUUUGCGUCUGGCAGACACAUGAGAUACACGACUAGUAUGCACUUUUUCGAUCUUUGAGCCGGGUUUGCUCCUUAGCUACCGGCUUUUCCCAACCAGAGUCUUGCGAGAUAGACAUUGGGAUUAGGUAGCUUUCAUGGUGGGGUCUUUUAGCCCAGGAUGUCGGCUGAGGACAAUCAAAAGUCUUAAUGACACAUGACUCUUA